AAAAGAGUCCAAUCAAACCGGUCCUUUUUUUUAAGAGAUUAGAAGCAAACGAACUCACUCUCCCUUCACUGACAAGCCUCACCGGAGCAAAGUGAAAGACGCUAAUGACACUCUGUUCUUCAUCUUCGUCUUCUCAGAAGACAUGGAUUGUUCACGGGAUCUUGGCCGGAAUGGCGAUUGCUGCGGCGAUAGGCGCACGUGCGUAUCUGGGUCGAUCCAGGAAAUUCCGGAGCCGGGUCGUGGGAAUCAUCCCCGCCCGUUACGCUUCCUCUCGAUUCGAGGGAAAGCCCCUCGUGCAAAUCCUCGGCAAACCCAUGAUCCAGAGAACUUGGGAGAGGUCUAAGUUAGCCUCUACGCUUGAUCACGUUGUCGUGGCCACCGAUGACGAAAGGAUCGCGGAUUGCUGUCGUGGAUUCGGUGCUGAUGUCAUCAUGACAUCAGAGUCUUGCAGAAACGGUACUGAGCGGUGCAACGAAGCUCUAGAGAAGCUGGAGAAGGAGUAUGAUGUGGUUGUUAACAUUCAAGGCGAUGAACCACUCAUUGAGCCUGAGAUUAUUGACGGUGUUGUCAAAGCACUUCAGGUUUCACCUGACGCAGUGUUUAGCACAGCGGUGACGUCACUGAAACCAGAAGACGGGCUUGAUCCUAACCGAGUCAAAUGUGUUGUGGACAACCGUGGCUAUGCUAUCUAUUUCUCAAGAGGCUUGAUUCCUUUUAACAAGAGUGGUGGAGUCAAUCCAGAGUUCCCGUAUAUGCUUCAUCUUGGUAUUCAGAGCUUUGAUUCCAAGUUUCUGAAUGUAUAUUCGGAGCUUCAACCAACGCCAUUGCAGGUAGAAGAGGAUCUAGAGCAGCUCAAAGUUCUUGAGAAUGGCUACAAAAUGAAGGUUAUAAAGGUGGACCAUGAAGCCCAUGGAGUUGAUACACCUGAAGAUGUUGAAAAGAUUGAAUCUUUAAUGCGUGAAAGAAACCUCUCAUAGUCCUCAAAAAUACACAUCUUGCUUUCACAUGAACUCCUUUCCUUGUUUUAUGAUAUGGUUCUUCCCUGUUUUUUACUCUGUAAUUCAACGAGUUAACUUACACAUAUCUUUUUUAAGCUAAUGUAAUACUACUGGUAGAUAUAAAUAAUAGGAAAGAAAUGUGGAAGCUUGUG